CCGCUCCUCCUGCAUUCCCUUUUUCAGUUCCAUAGUAUAGGGACUCACUUUAAUUGUCUUGCUUGCAUUCCCACUUGUUCUUGGGAUCCUCCCUCCAUCUCUCUUUUUCCAGUGCACGCUACCCCUCCUGCCCGUUUCCACCUGCUCCCCACUACUGCUCCUGCAUUUCACAACAUCGGGGGUUGCGAGCCGGGGAGGGGGGGCUGGCUGAUACCCCCUCCCCAUGCCUUUGAUUUCUGCCCGACUGCCUGCUGGUAUUGGAUGCUCAGAGGACGAAGCGGGAAGACCACCCAGCUCUUUCUUCUGGGGGAUGCUGGUGGUGGCCGAGAUGUUGACUUGAUGCUUGGCUUUGCCAUGGAUGGGAUGACAUGCUUGAUGGUUGCCUUGGUCACGCUGGUGCUCCGUUGCCCCAGUCCACCUUGGUGCAUUGCCCGCAGACUGGUGCUUCGGACGGGUCACCCUGUGCUGCUGCCUCUGUUGCUGUCUGUGCAAGCUUCUCUGGCUUACCCGGUGGCAGAUGACACAUAUUUGGAGCAGCAGAAUAUUUCCUCUCUUUUGCCGAGUCAGUACACUGUGGACAGCGUGACACAGAAGGCCUUAACACAAAGCGCAAUGGACCUCACGGCAACUCAUGUGUAUCCCGAGAGCUUGUCAUCACCUGUUACCAAUCCUUCUGAGAUGACCUCAUUGGACCAAGAAGGAUCAAGCAGAGUCUCAAUAGGACAAAACAUACCCACAUUGGUUAUUUCAGUAAUAAGCAACGAGGCAGUCUUGAGUGAUGAUAGAUUUAUGAGCUCAUUUCCUAAUGCACAACAGACUCCUUCAUUAAAGUCUUUUACAGAGGACUAUCAUUUGGGUUCCUUUCCAGUGAAGCCAACAAAAGAAACAUUACAGACUGUAUCGUUAGCUCCUUCAUUACCCGCUCUCUCCUCACCACUUGAAAUGCUGCAAACGACAUUGCAAAGGGCUGUCUCUGUUCCUCUCCCAUAUUUGAAGCCUUUUGAUGUGAUAGGUGUAACUCUGACUCCAAGCAGAGACCUGCUCAUGCCCCUGACUUACUUAACAUCUGUUGUGUCUGAGGUGGUGGAUGCAACAGCUGGAAAAGGAAGGGAGAAUUCACCGUUCCAUGCACUGUUUUCAACAUCUGUGCUUUUUGAUACUACUGUGGAAGAGUCACCCGUGUUUACGAAACAGCUGAAUGAGGAUAUGCAAAUUAUGACAGACAUUUUAACAAAUACUGAUACAUACACUGAACCCCACUAUAGUAUUAAUAGUAGCAUAGCAGGAACUCUCAGCCUGGAAAGCUUUUCUGUUCUGAGCAUUUUUGAGGAAAUUCCUGUUUUGUUAACCAACACAGGGACAGCUGUGUUUUCGACUCAUCUUCCUUUUGUUGUUCCCUCCACUCCCUCAGCUACAUUUAUGACUGCCUCUGGUAGUCUUUUUAAUGAAGAAUUGUUUACACAUGAGUUUUCUCAUAAAUUCUCCAGAAGUACAGGAUCAAUUUUGCACGAAAGUUCAAAAAUACCAACUCAAGUUGAGUUCUUCCGUGACUCCAUGAGCCCAGUGCCUUUCACUAGACCAUAUGCUUCAUGUUCAUACUGUGACUUCUCCUCAGCUUCCUCAGAGCCAGUGUUUUCAUUGCAGCCAUCAGAAAAUGAGGUGGGCUCGGGUGAUUACAUCGACACACUAUCAUUUGUGGCCACUGAAGUAAAAGGUGUUAGUCCACUUACAUCAGUAGUUAAUGAGCUCUAUGAUAUGCAGGAGUCUCCUCCUGAAGUCUUUGAUACUACCUUCCCCUCUAGACUUGUUGUUUCCUUCUCUUCAAGGUUUACAGAAGACUCCAAGUCAAAUGCUGUGGAAAUCAGCCUUAAAAACACAAUAUUUACACCAGUUUUCUCUUCUUAUGAACAGUCUUCUGAGGUGAUACCAUUAGAACACAGUUACCUCUACUCUGUGACUGAAAUGGCUGCAUCGAUGUCUAGCAUUAUGGAAGAACCACAAUCUGAUGUUGCCACAGCUUCCUCUGAGUUUGUCUUCGUAGGAAAUGUGAGCACACCAUACAUGACAAUCAGAAAUUCAGGUCUGCUGGAAACACCUGAAUAUAUAUCCUCAGAAUCUACAUAUAUCCUUGGUAAAACCCUUGAGGGAUUCCCCACACAAGAAUAUGCUGUAACUAGAUCAGACAUUCCAUCCAGCCUUUCAUUAACCCCCUUUCCCUCUGAGCCAAAUGUUUUGUCCCAUUUAUCAUCUGAUAAAACCACAUCUUUCUUGAUAUUGCCAAGUGAUUUAUCAACAUUUUUACCUCAUGUUUCACCCACAUUCCUUCUGCCAUCUGUGCUUUUCGACAAUUCUUCUACCUGGGGUUCAGCGGAGCGCCCAGAUGUUGACAUCACAAGCAUUGAGGCUUCUCAGUUGUCUUCAUGGCAAACUUCAUUUUUCAAUUUGAAUUCAUCUUCUUUUCCAGUCGCACAUAGUUCUACCACAGUGCCAUCAUCAAAUUUCUAUAUGAACUCUUCUGUAUACCUGGAACCAACAUCAAUCUUAACAAUGACAUCUGAAUUUUAUUUUACCUCAGCUUUCACAGAAGCUACCUCUCAGUUUGAAUCAUCAUCCUUAGGCAUUGGUGCAAGUAUCCCUACACAGGUUCUCCCCACUAGUGUUUUAGAAACAGUUUUCACCAGCAAUAGCUUAGGGGAUGAAACACAUGUGACUUCAUGGUUCAGCUCCUUGCAGCGAACACCCAACUUACCAUCUUCAACCCUUUUCUCAACUACUACUGUUGAGGAGACUGUUGCUACUGCGAAACACAGUUUGGUUUCCUCCUACGAGGCAGCUCCUAGCACAUUUUUUUUAACAGCCACCUCCUCUAUGCCACCAUUGGCCACAGAACUGAGUAGUAUAAAAGUUUCCCAUACUGAAUUGGUGGAUACCUUGUCAUCCUAUGUCCCUACAAUAAAGCCAUCAUCUGUGAAUACUUCAAAUGUAUCUGGCAUUCCAACAAGAGCUAAUAUAACUGAGUUUACCAGCAUGACAAUCUCUACUACCACCACUUCCAGUAAUAAAAUAGGCCUUUCUACAACUACCAGCAGUACACCAAGUUCUUCUGCAUCUACUGUGACUUCUGUAUCGGUCACUACUCCACAAGUUACAAUGGCAACAGUUCCAACAACUACAACUAGACAGCCCUAUGUUUGCGACAUCACAGUCCCUGACAAAUAUCUAGUGACAGCUGUGUUAGCCAGGAAAUCUGUAUUAGAAAAUGUAAGUGAAUCCAUCAAAGGAAUCCUGAGAACUGAAUUUAGAAGACUGGUAGAACUAGAGGUUUAUAAGCUUUCUCCCAGAUUCUCUUUUCUGGUGACCUCAGGUCCUUUUGUUUACACGGCAAUUGCUGUCAUCAAUGCUCUUGUGAACAGCAGCCUUUUUCGUGCUCAGAUACCUCUCAUCUCAUCACUGCAGCCUUCUCUCCCUGCUCCAGAUCGCCAGUUCCAGGUGCAGACUGUGCUUCAGUUUGUGCCACAAAGUAUUGACAUUGGGUUCUGCAACUUCAGCCAGCGCAUUGAAAAAGGGCUGACAAUUGCAUUUGGGGAGGUGAGGAAACAUCACCUGGAUAUUUCAAACUUCACUGUGCAGAUCUUGAAUAUAAGUUUGAGUAGAUCUAGAGCAGUAUUUCGACAAGGCCCUGUAAAAAUAGUUUUUGCCAUCCAAGAGAAACAGGGAUAUUUGAAUGGGUCUGAAGUCAGUGAACUGCUACGGAACCUGUCUGUGGUGGAAUUCAGUUUCUAUUUGGGCUUUCCUGUACAGUAUAUUGCAGAACCUGUUUAUUACUCUCAACUGAACACAUCAUACUUGAUGAAAUUUUCCUGGGUGAGAACAGUUGUCCUGGGUGUUGUCAACCAGAAAAUUUAUGAGGACGUUUUCCAGGCUGAGAUGGAGCGGAAACUAGCCCAGUUAUUAAAUGAGGCCUUGGGCAGAGGGCGGAUAUGGAAAAGGGCAACGUUUGCUGGGAACAACGUUGUGCAGAUUGUGAAUGUGUCACGCUUAGAGGAAGUUGACAACCCAGUAAUGCUGGUUUAUUUUGUGGAGGAUCAAAACGGGGAAAGACUCGGUGCUGUGAAGACGUCUGAAUUGAUUAACAAAGUGGAUAUCCAAAGGGCUGCCAUUAUUCUAGGAUACCGCAUUCAAGACCCAGUGGCUCAGCCUGUGGACAGAGUCAAAGAAUCCCCUCCAGAGUCACAGAACAAUCUUUGGAUUAUUGUUGGUGUUGCAGUCCCAGUGGCUGUGGUGCUGCUUAUUAUCAUCAUUUUAUACUGGAAACUUUGCCGAACAGACAAACUGGAAUUUCAGCCAGACACUAUGAACAACAUUCAGCAACGACAGAAGUUACAAGCUCCCAGUGUGAAGGGUUUUGAUUUUGCAAAGCAACAUUUAGGCCAGCACAACAAGGAUGACAUCCUGAUCAUACAUGAGCCAACUCCUCUCCCGGGACCAAUUAAGGACACUACCCCUUCUGAAAAUGGUGACCUGCCGAGCCCCAAGACCAAGCUUUCUUCAAAGCCAUCCAAGAAUGUCCGACACAGAGGGAGAGUUUCCCCCUCGGAUGCUGACUCCACUGCAAGUGACCAAUCAAGUGGUCGAGAAACAGGAGAAGAAAUGACUCGAACACAGACAGCUGUGAAUGAGGUCAAACCUCACAGAGUCGGCAGGUCUGGCCCUCCAGAUAUCAGUAAUGGAACAGAGCAACACUCUUCAGCCUCCAUUUUUGAGCAUGUGGACAGAAUGUCACGCUCCUCAGAAGUCAGCAGAAGGGUCCCGAGCAAGAUCCAGUUGAUUGCCAUGCAGCCCAUAGCGGCACCUCCAGCACAAAAGCAACCACUUUCUGAUCGAGUGGCAGAGACCAACAAAAUUAAUAAGGAGAUCCAAACAGCUCUGAGGCAUAAAUCUGAAAUCGAGCAUCACCGCAACAAGAUCCGACUUCGAGCCAAGCGCAAAGGACACUAUGAGUUUCCAAUUGUGGAUGAUAUGGUGAUAAUUGAUACCAAAGAGCAGCAAAGAAUGUACCGCAAGGCACAGAUGCAGAUAGACAAGAUUUUAGACCCUGGUGGCAAUAUGCCUACUGUUUUCAUAGAGCCCAGGAAGAGUUCCCGAGCCAAACGUUCUCCAAAGCAGCGUCGGAGGCAUCAGAUGAAUGGAAGUCCAAUGGAUGCUGACAAAGACAGACUAAUCACAACUGACAGUGACGGGACAUACAAGAGGCCUCCAGGAGUCAAUAACUCUGCCUAUAUUUCUGAUCCUGAUCUUCCUGCAGAACCUCAGACACCUUCUUCAACUGAACUGGGGAAGUACUCAGGCCUUCCCACACACGCUGCUCCAUACAUCCCUCCACAGCCGUCCAUUGAAGAGGCUCGGCAGACGAUGCAUUCGCUCCUGGAUGAUGCCUUUGCCCUGGUGGCCCCCAGCAGCCAAGCAUCCAGUUCUGCUGCAGUCACGCACCCCGGAGGUUUGGGGGGACAACCAACAAACACUCCUGUUCGAGCAGUGAGGGAUACCCCCAGCAGCCAGUGGGGGUCUCCAUAUGGCCCAGCGCAUACAAGAUACAUGGAAUUUGGGAUGACUCCUCCAACAGCACCAGGGCUGCUGCAGAGCAGGCAAAACCUGGGGCCAGGUUUUCUUCCACCUGUUGAAUUAAUACACCCAGACCAGCAGACAUCUGAUGUUCAGUUUUCCACUAGAGGCAUCUACCCCGAGGAAAUCCCAUCAGUGGCACGGCCGCGACCAGUUGGAAGCACUGCAGGUUCUCAGAUACAGCACCUCACUCAGGUGGGAAUUGCUAGCAGGAUCGGAGGUCAACAAGUGGAGAUUCCCUCAGGCAGAGCAGGGCAUGGCCAGCCGGGGGAACCAGGGUGGCCCCCGUACCGUGGAGAGGAUGAAUAUGCUAGGAGAGAUGCAACACAUAUGCCUGGACAUCAAGAAUAUUCCUCCUCACCAGUAUUCCAGAUGCCGAGGACUUCGGCCCGACAGCCCUCAGCGCCACCUGCUCAGCCUCCUCACAGCAACCACCAGGGCCCGGGGCUCUGCUACAACAUCAGCUCCACUGAGGACCUCCAGCCAGGUCACUCUUCCGCCUCUCUCAUCAAAGCAAUCAGAGAGGAGCUUCUCCGGCUCUCUCAGAAACAGACCAUUGUGCAGAACCUCCACAGCUGAUUUGUUGUCUCCUUGCAAAUCUGCCAAGUAUCUGCUUCCCAUGGAAGCUGGACUCGCAGGAAACCAGCAAGAGCCUGUUGUUCUUCUGUCAGAGGAGUGAGCGUGUACAAUACCAGAGAUUAUUACCCAAGCAGAAAAG